CAUGGAUGGUAACAUCCACCUUGGCAGCCUCAUCAGCCGGCAUGAUGAUGAAGCCACCAGAACAUCUACCUCGGAAGGCCUGGAGGAGGGUGAGGUGGAGGGAGAGACUCUUCUGAUUGUUGAGUCAGAAGACCAGGCCUCAGUGGACUUGUCUCAUGACCAAAGUGGAGAUUCCCUCAACAGCGAUGAAGGAGAUGUGUCAUGGAUGGAGGAGCAGCUAUCCUACUUCUGUGACAAGUGCCAGAAAUGGAUCCCAGCCAGCCAGCUGAGGGAACAGCUCAGUUACCUUAAGGGCGAUAACUUUUUUAGGUUUACUUGUUCGGAUUGCUCGGCAGAUGGCAAGGAGCAGUACGAGAGGCUGAAGCUGACGUGGCAACAAGUUGUCAUGUUAGCAAUGUACAACUUGUCUCUGGAAGGAAGUGGACGUCAAGGUUAUUUCCGGUGGAAAGAAGAUAUCUGUGCUUUCAUUGAGAAGCAUUGGACAUUUUUACUAGGAAAUAGGAAAAAGACUUCGACGUGGUGGAGCACAGUAGCCGGUUGCCUCAGCGUGGGAAGUCCUAUGUAUUUCCGCUCAGGUGCUCAGGAAUUUGGAGAGCCUGGAUGGUGGAAACUUGUUCAUAACAGGCCCCCAACGAUGAAACCCGAGGGGGAGAAGCUAUCUGCCUCCACUUUGAAAGUGAAAGCCUCAAAACCAACAUUGGAUCCUAUCAUUACUGUGGAGGGCCUUAGAAAACGGGCAAGUCGGAAUCCUGUGGAAUCUGCGAUGGAAUUGAAAGAAAAAAGAUCUCGAACGCAGGAAGCAAAAGACAUCCGAAGAGCCCAGAAGGAAGCAGCUGGCUUUCUGGACAGAAGUACAUCUUCCACCCCUGUAAAGUUCUUGAGCCGAAGCCGGAGGCCGGAUGUAGUUCUUGAGAAAGGAGAAGUAAUUGACUUUUCAUCCUUGAGCUCCUCUGACCGCACCCCCCUAACAAGCCCAUCUCCUUCUCCCUCCCUGGAUUUCUCUGCCCCUGGCACACCCGCCUCCCAUUCUGCCACGCCUAGCUUACUUUCUGAAGCAGAUCUGAUUCCAGACGUGAUGCCACCACAAGCCUUGUUUCAUGAUGAUGAUGAGAUGGAAGGUGAUGGCGUCAUAGACCCAGGGAUGGAGUAUGUUCCACCGCCGGCUGGAUCAGUAGCCUCUGGGCUGGUUGGGGGCAGAAAGAAAGUCCGAGCUCCUGAGCAGAUAAAACAGGAGGUGGAGAGCGAGGAGGAAAAGCCAGACAGGCUGGAUGGAGACAGUGAAGACACUGAUUCUAACACCUCUGUGCACACGAGGGCUCGGGAGAAGAGGAAGCCUCCCCUGGAGAAGGACUCAAAGCCCAAAACACCCCGGUACAUGCCCGUGAGCAUCUAUGAGGAGAAGCUGCUGCUCAAGAGGCUGGAGGCCUGCCCAGGUGCCGUGGCCAUGACUCCAGAAGCCCGCAGGCUAAAGAGGAAACUGAUAGUCAGGCAAGCAAAAAGGGAUCGGGGAUUGCCACUCUUUGACUUGGAUGAGGUUGUGAAUGCUGCUCUUCUAUUAGUCGACGGGAUUUAUGGAGCCAAAGAAGGAGGAGCUUCCAGGCUCCCAGCUGGACAAGCCACAUACCGGACCACCUGUCAGGACUUCAGGAUCCUAGACCGAUACCAGACUGCCUUGCCAUCCAGGAAAGGAUUUCGGCAUCAGACCACCAAGUUUUUGUAUCGCUUGGUAGGAUCAGAAGAUAUGGCUGUGGACCAAAGUAUUAUUAGUCCUUACACUUCUCGGAUCUUGAAGCCUUAUAUCAGGAGGCGUGAUUAUGAGACAAAACCACCCAAACUACAGCUCCUGUCACAGAUUCGUUCCCACCUGCACAGGAGUGACCCUCACUGGACAGCUGAGCCUGACGCGCCUCUCGAUUACUGCUAUGUCCGACCAAAUCACAUCCCAACGAUCAACUCUAUGUGUCAGGAGUUUUUCUGGCCUGGCAUUGACCUGUCUGAGUGCUUGCAGUAUCCAGACUUCAGUGUCGUCGUUCUUUAUAAGAAAGUCAUCAUUGCCUUUGGCUUCAUGGUUCCUGAUGUGAAGUACAAUGAAGCAUACAUUUCAUUCCUCUUGGUCCAUCCUGAGUGGAGAAGAGCAGGGAUUGCAACUUUCAUGAUCUACCAUCUGAUUCAGACCUGCAUGGGCAAAGAUGUGACCCUUCACGUCUCAGCAAGCAACCCCGCCAUGCUGCUGUACCAGAAGUUUGGCUUCAAGACUGAAGAGUAUGUUUUAGAUUUUUACGAUAAGUAUUACCCCUUGGAGAGCACAGAGUGUAAACAUGCAUUCUUCCUGAGGCUCCGGCGCUGAGGUGAAGCCAGCUCGUCCCAGGUGAGCCGGCCUUCAGAGCCGUGCAGGCAGUGAUCGUUCACGGGCCCAGCAGGGUGAGCAGAGCCGUGCAUGGUAGAGCGUAUGGUGAGCAGCCCUUUCUGGAGCGGCCUCUGACCAGUAUCCUCGACUCAACCAUCAACCAAAACUGAAUGAUGCUGCUGUCGUCUUUCCACCUGGCUGUUGACAGUAGAGCUUCUAAACCCAUGUACUUGGUGAGAGAGAACCUGUGGGUCUUGUGUCAGCAUCUAAGAAAUGUAAGAGCCAUUAAGAGUCACAGUGCCUACAUGGCCCUCUGCUGUUCUGGGAUAAGAGACUGUUCUCAGCCUGAAUGCACGAAGGCUUAGGGGACACCAGAGUCUUAUUGUCUCCUUUACUGACUUGAGUCCCAGUCAGGAAGAAUAAACUGUGUCUGUCUCCA